CUUUUUACCUUUGCUGAAUAAAACUGCGCUCUGCGCUUGGGUCUACUCCUGCCUCCUCCGUUCAUCCCAUCCGGCUCUGCUGGAUUGUAGCUGGACCGCACCACACCUGACCAGGGGUUUCUGGGAUUCCUAGAAGAUGCUGAAGCGCCUGUUUGUGUUCACACUGGUCGUGGUGGUCCUGUGCCUGGUGGGGUACUCUGUCUUCCAGCUGCAGAACACCAACGUGAUCAUCGUGGCCAUGCGCUUACUCAACCAACAAGAACCGUCCAGAAACUCCAACCAGGUGCUGAAGAGGCUGUUCAGCGACAUCCUCACGUCCAACCAGGGAGAGCAGGGGUUGGAAACAGACCCCCCUGUGGGAGACACAGAGUCCAGUUACCCAUCCGUGUUGCAGCCAUGUGAAGAGCCCUCUCCUCUGCUAGUGGGUCCCUCCAUGGUGGACUUCUCCAGGAACGUGACGCUGGCGUGGGUGGAGCAGCAGAACCCGAGGGUGCGGGAGGGGGGCUGGUGGCGUCCGGGGGACUGCCUGUCGGAGCAGCGCGUGGCGGUCAUCGUGCCGUUCAGGAACCGGGAGGAACACCUGAAGUUCUUCCUGCUCUACCUGCACCCCCUCCUGCAGCGCCAGAGACAACACUACGGAGUGUACGUCAUCAACCAGGCUGGAGAGGGGACGUUCAACAGGGCAAAGCUGAUGAACAUCGGCUACACGGAGGCCCUGAAAGACUUGUACAACUGCUUCAUCUUCAGCGACGUGGACCUGGUGCCCAUGGACGACCGCAACAUCUACACCUGCAGGCACCAGCCCAGGCACCUGUCUGUGUCGGUAGACAAGUUUGGUUUCAGACUGCCGUACCCAGGGAUCUUCGGAGGAGUCACUGCUCUGAACAGGGAACAGUUCGAGAAGAUCAACGGUUACCCUAACAACUACUGGGGCUGGGGGGGGGAGGACGAUGAUGUGUCAGGCCGGAUUUCAUUGAGAGGCAUGUUGAUCAGCAGGCCAGAUGGGCUGAUCGGGAAAUAUCGCAUGAUCAAGCACGACCCUGACAAGCACAACAGCCCCAACCCACAGAGGUUUAGCCUGCUCUCUCAGACGUCCCAGAACAUGGACACAGACGGGCUGAGCAGUCUGUCGUACACCGUCCUGAGGGUGGAGAAACGCAGGCUGUACACCAACAUCACCGUGGACGUGGGGUCGCCCACAUAGAGGAGGGCUGGGGGGGGUC